UAUAAAGGGAGUGAAAGUUGAGCGCUGCAGCUCAGUGUGUUCAGUGAGCGUGCGGAUUCGUGCAGGCUCGAGACGAUGACGAUCGCUCAGCACUUCCAAAACCAGCACAGCUACCAAACCCAGUGAAGGGUGGGUCACCCAAGAACAAGAUGAAUGGAGAGAGGAUUACCACACACAAAAAUGAAGACAGCGCUGCACACGCACAACCCCUUGCUGCAGACCUGACCUGCCUGCUCCAGUCUGCGGAGGACAAGCCCGCGCUGCUCCAGGGGUGUCCGGGGUCAGAGGGCACGCUUCUGUGUGAACCUGAACCCGCACUGAACCUGAAGGACGAGACCAGUGAGCAGAAGCUAUAUCAGGUGGCCAAUGAGCUGCUGGUCACUGAGAGAGCGUACGUUACCCGCCUCUACCUGCUUGACCAGGUGUUCUGUGCUAAGCUGAUGAUGGAGGCGAUGAAGGGUGUGUUUCCCGUAGAGGCAGUGAAGGGCAUCUUCUGUAACGUUGCCUGUUUAUACGCCUUCCACAGCGAGUUCCUCCUGCCAGACCUGGAGGCCAGGAUGAAAGAGUGGGACACCCGGCCUUGGAUCGGUGACAUUUUGGAGCAGCACACACCCUUCCUCCGGAUGUACGGCGAGUAUGUGAAGAACUUUGACAACGCCAUGGAUUUGCUCAAACAGUGGUCACAGCGUUCAGCACAGUUCAGCACCAUCAUUCAGGGCAUCCAGAGGCAGAAGAUCUGUGGGAACCUAACACUCCAGCACCACAUGCUGGAGCCUGUACAGAGGGUCCCACGAUACGAAUUACUGCUGAAAGACUACCUGAAGAGACUUCCUGCAGAUGCCCCUGACCGCAGCCAAGCAGAGAAGUCUCUGCAGAUUAUCUCCAUGGCUGCUAUUCACUCCAACAGCUCCAUUGAUAAAAUGGCAAACCUGAAGAAGCUCCUGGAGAUCUAUGAGAUGUUCGGAGGCGAGGAGGACAUUGUAAACGCCUCCAGUGAGCUCAUCAAAGAGGGACAGAUCCUGAAGCUGGCAGCCAGGAACACCUCGGCCUCGGAGCGAUAUCUGUUCCUCUUCAACAAUGUGUUGCUGGUUUGUGUGACCAAAUUCAGUCUGGUCGGUCAGCAGCGUUUCACUGUGCGUAAUCGUAUGGGGAUUGAGGGCAUAAAGGUCGUGGAGACCGUGAACGACACUUACCCCCACACCUUCCAGGUCUCCGGCAAAGAGCGCACGCUGGAGCUCCAGGCCAGCUCUGAGGAAGACAAGCAGGACUGGGUCAAGGCUUUCCAACAGACCAUUGAUGUUUACCAAAAGAAGAAUGAGACUUUCAGAUCUGCUUCAAAAGAAGUAGAGGAGGAAGUAUCUACUGAGGAGCUGGGCAGAAGAGCUCCACGGUGGAUCCGGGACAACGAGGUGACCAUGUGCAUGAAGUGCAAAGAGCCAUUCAACGCUCUAACACGUAGACGACACCACUGCCGCGCCUGUGGCUAUGUGGUCUGCUGGAAGUGUUCAGACUACAGGACCACCCUGGAGUAUGAUGGGAACAGAGUGAGUAAGGUGUGUAAGGACUGUUACUCUGUACUGACCGGAAGAGCUGCCAGAGAAGAGGGUUCAGAGGGCAAGAAACGGGGCAUCUUAGAGGUUGAGGCAGGCCAGUUCUCAAGCAGUAGCAUCAUGUGUGGGUUCCUGCUCUACAGUGAGAAGGCUCGUGCAUGGCAGAGGGUGUGGUGCGUUAUCCCACAGAAGGAGGCGGUGGUGCUGUAUGUAUACGGUGCUCCUCAGGACGUCAAGGCCCAGGCCAGUAUUCCAUUGCUGGGCUACAGCGUGGACGAGACCCCCCGCUCCCUGGACCCCCCCUCCAGCUUCCGGCUGUGCCAGUCCAGAUCCCUUCACAGCUUCGCCGCCGAGUCUGAGGAGCUGAAGCAACGCUGGCUACAGGUUAUCCGUGUGGCCGUGACCGGAGAUGUAGCCAACCUCCUGUUACUUAGCAACAGGGACCUUGCCAAUGGUUGCCACGACAGCGGCCCCCACAGCAUUUGAACGGUUGAGUGUUACCCAGCCAAACUUAUAUUUGAAUCGGAUGGAACCAGAAGAACUUUUUUUCUAAGACAACAAACCAAAACAGAAACUGUUGUAAUUCAGAGGUCUGUAACAAGAACAUUAAAGUUUAAUCAGACAAAAUGGAAUUUAUAAUUAACCUAAUGCAACAACUAAUGUUUUUUGCGUGUGAUUUUGGAUACUGUAAUGCUGUCUUAUCCUUGAAGAGUUCUGUAUGAAAGUCUGUGGCCUUAAGCGCCUAUCAGAACUGAAAUCCUGAAAUUGACAAAGCUGAAUAACACAUCAUUGAGAUUUCCUUGCUUGUAUUCUUUUCCUCUAAAUUUGUGAACCCAGUGCAGUGUUUUCAUAUUAUAGCCAUGCUAUAAAUGCAGCGGCA